AUGGCUUCCUCUUCACAACCCGCAGGCGUCCCCGCUGGGGAUCGUCCUACCGUGAUUGUGUGCGUGGGAAUGGCAGGAUCUGGAAAGACGACUUUCAUGCGGCGCAUCAAUUCCCACUUACACUCCAAGGGCAGCGCACCUUACGUCAUAAACCUUGACCCUGCCACUCUCGAGGUCCCGUUCGACUGUAAUAUCGACAUCCGCCAAUCCAUCAAGUAUAAAGACGUGAUGAAGCACUAUAAUCUAGGUCCUAAUGGUGCCAUCAUGACCUCUCUCAACCUAUUUGCGACCAAGAUCGACCAAAUGGUCGGUCUUCUGGAAAAGAGGGCCCAGCCCGACCCGGAGCACCCCGAGCGCAAGCCCGUCAAACACAUCAUUGUCGACACACCCGGCCAGAUUGAGGUCUUCGUGUGGUCCGCCAGCGGCCAAAUCCUUCUAGAGUCUCUCGCAUCCUCCUUCCCCACCGUUCUAGCCUACAUUAUCGACACUCCGCGCACGGCAUCUACGAGCACAUUCAUGAGCAACAUGCUCUAUGCGUGCAGUAUACUUUACAAAACCAAGCUCCCCAUGAUUUUGGUCUUCAACAAGACCGACGUCAAAGACGCUAGCUUUGCCAAGGAGUGGAUGACGGACUACGAGUCGCUUCGCGAGGCUCUUACCGAAGACGAGCUCCGCGCCGAGGCAGAGGGCGCGGAGAGUGGCUCGGGAUACGGCAGCAGCCUCCUCUCUUCCAUGAGUCUGGUGCUUGAGGAGUUUUACUCUCACCUCAAGGUCGUUGGCGUAAGCUCGAGGCUAGGUACCGGCGUCAACGAGUUCUUUGAGGCCGUCCAGGAAAAGGCAGAGGAGUUUGAGCGUGACUAUCAACCCGAGCUUGAUCGACUCAGGGAGCAGAAGCAAGAGGAGAAGCUGAAGAAGCGAGAAAAGGAGCUGGACAAGAUGAUGAAGGGAAUGUCAGUCGGGCCCGGAGGAUCGUCUGACCUCAUCUCCAGCAUCGCCGGCAUCGAGGUCGCGGAUGAUAGCGGAGACGAUGAUUACGCGGAUGAGGGCGAGGGCGCUGGUGCAAACGCGUUGCAAGAUCGGUACAAGGCAGCGCUCGGCACGGAAGAUUCUGUGGAAGCGGAUGCGAGUUACGCCAAGUAUCUUCACUCUCAAAGGCAGUAG